GUCACUCUGCCAUUGGCCGGUAAUGCUUGAGAGCCCUCUCAGUGCUUUGUGCUGCUGCCUUGACAGCAGCAGGGUUCUGAAGAGUGGGUGGUGGGAGAAAAGGAAAGAAAAGACAGAAUGAGGGUGGAGGGGCUGAGGGGGAUAAAGGACCCAUCUGAAAGAAGAGAGGCAUAGAGAGGGGAGAUAGAGAGGGGAGAUAGAGAGGAAUAGCACCAGAGAGCUGGGAGAGGCAGGAAGAAAGAGGUAGGAGCAGGGAGGGUUACCUCAUCUGGAGCUGCUAGUGCACACGGAGCAGGGGAGAAGUUGUGGGAAAGUAAACAGCACAGGAGAAUUCCAAUCUGUGUUCAGCCCCUGCAGGAGACUAUAAAGAUGAAUGUGCUGGACCCAGCCUGUGGUAAAAUCUGAGAGUUUAUGGGAGGUUACCAGCAUUAAAGGGUCACCUGGGAAUGCCUGAAGCUUCUCCGAGGACAUACUACUAAGGACAAGGAGGAACUAUGUCUACUGUGAUCUCUCUACAACCGCCAAAGGAGAAUGAAGAAGAGGAUGAGGAUGAGGAACAGGGGGAAGAGUUUGUGUUUGACGACAGCACAGAUGAGGAGAAACAUCAGGAGGACAGUAAAGGAAUCGGCUCCGACUCCGUCAGAUCAGUCCACGUGUCAAAAAACGAGGACAGUGAGACAUCAGACAGUGUAUCACAAACACCCACAGACAGUACACAACUCCCACCUGCUGGACAGGAAGACAGCAUUCCCACCAAGGAUUUAGCUUCAGUUUCUACUGCAGAUGUUCCAGUUAGCGAGUCACCCAGCUGGGCCUCAGCGGCAGCAGCUGAGCCCAGUACUUCAAACCCUUGUGUAGGAGAGGAGCUCCGGGGGCUUCCUGUGGCACCGGCAGCUGUGGAGGCACUGGCUGAUUCGAGAGACCAAGUCACAGAAGCUGCCAAGGAAAGCUUGGGCUCAAGGGACAUCCCUGAAGCUCCAUGUGCAGCCGAAGCUGAGUCACACAUAGCCGAGGCUUCAGAGGUGAUCUACGAUGAUGUCCCAAGUGAGGACCCUGUCUCUCCUGAUGAAGAUAUGAUUUAUGAAGACGUUCAGAGAGGCGGUGGCCCUGUGGAUGCAGACCAUGGAUGGAGCUCCAGUGAGUUUGAGAGCUAUGACGAGCAGUCUGACAACGAGACCAAAGUACCGACGAAGAGCAAGCUCUCUCCUGAGGUGCGUCGGCUGAGGGAACGAUGUGCCAGGACCAAACGUGAACUGGCCAUGAGGCUGUCUGGCAAGCACAACUAUGACAUCAAGGUAUAUCUCCUGCAGCAGGUGAACACAGCUAUAUCACACUGUUUCUUUGCAGAGCUCAAAUCACUCUGCUAGAUGUUCUCCUGUAGGAUUGAUGAUCACCCAGAGCUGAGAUAUGCUCGGCUGACUCCAAGACUAAACUCGCUCUC